AUGGUUGACGGUGGCUCCACACAAAAAUGUGUCGGAAGUGGGUCUGUCUUUGAGAGAUUAUACUCAAAACAAACUGCAGCGAGUAUUGCACACCAAACUCGGAAGGAUGAAGAGGAGGCAAAGAGAAGAAGGAUGGAAGAUCAAGAACUUGAAGGUAUAUCUUUUCGACCUCGAACAAAGUGGGACCUUGCGACUGUCAGAAGAAGAUUGGCACACGAGCAAGCUGAACAAGCUGAGUACGAUGCAAAAAGAAGCCCAAUGAAACAACGGAUUCGGCAGGCGGUGCCACGAAGGCAAUCCACAGACGAGGAUCUGAAGGAAUGUACGUUUGCUCCAAGGACAACUUGGAAUCUGGUCGCCGAAAGACGGGAGAAGGCGCGUUUGCAACGUGAGAAAGAAGCGUACGAAGCGGAAAAGCAUCCGAAGAGAGAAAGAAAGCUCACUGACCGAGAAAUUCGAGACCGCAGACUCGAGGAAGAAGAAUUGAAGUAUUGUACUUUCAAGCCGCAGCUCAUGCAUAGCUUGAACGGUGAGAAUCGGUUGGAAUCAAAUUUAUCAUCCGUGGGAUUUCGGCACAAAGAUCAAGAUCCAGGCAUUAUGAGAAAAUCAGAUGUAGACCGCAAUGCACCGCGCACAGUCAGAAUGGAUGGACAAGUUUUGGUUGCUGCGAAACAAGAGACAAGCGAGAACAGCGACGAUGAUUCCAGCACGGAUCAAUCUGUCAACCUGGACAAGAACAAGGAUGAGUCGAUUCCUGAAUGGAAGCGAAAAUAUGACAGCACAAAACGGAAGCACGAAGUCGUCGUUACUGCUCAAGGACAUGCCCCACUUACCAUGCAGACCCGUGGGGCGUCGAUUAUUGCGACAAAAACUCCUGUGAAGACCCCGCGGUCAUCGGAAGUUGAAGGAAACGAAACUGUCGAAUCACGCGGUCCAGAUGGCGAAGCGAUUCACGAAGACAGCACUUCCGUUGACAAGAAUAGCGAAUCGAUCGAUCCUAGUCAAGCGCCACUAGCUACAAAGGUUGAUGUUUCUGGUGUUGGAAGGUUCAAGGUAGCACAGAAGGAAAAGCCUUCACAAGAUAGCAAAACCGCAGUUUCAGACGUCGGCGGAUUCAAGGUAGCGCAAAAGGAAAAGCCUUCACAAGAUAGCAAAACCGCAGUUUCAGACGUCGGCGGAUUCAAGGUAGCGCAAAAGGAAAAGCCUUUACAAGAUAGCAAAACCGCAGUUUCAGACAUCGGCGGAUUCAAGGUAGCGCAAAAGGAAAAGCCUUUACAAGAUAGCAAAACCGCAGUUUCAGACGUCGGCGGAUUCAAGGUAGCUCAGAAGAAAAAGCCUUCACAAGAUAGCAAAACCGCAGUUUCAGACGUCAGCGGAUUCAAGGUAGCGCAGAAGGAAAGGCCUUCACAUGGUAGCAAAACCGCAGUUUCAGACGUCGGCGGAUUCAAGGUAGCGCAAAAGGAAAGGCCUUCACAAGGUAGCAAAACCGCAGUUUCAGACGUGGGCGGAUUCAAGGUAGCCCAAAAACAAUCCGAAAACAGUACCGAGGCUUUGUCGACUGACCCUGACAGCAAGCGUGAAAAAAAAGCCUCGAAAUGGAAGGAUAGACUCCAAAAGAAACGAGACAAACCUGACCCUCAGAGCGAAAAGGUGCAUGGUACAGAUCCGUCAAAGGAGGACCAGAGCAGUGAAGAGCUAACACCAGCAGAGAAAGAACGGAAUGAGGAGACCAGAAUGAAGGCCGAAGAGGAGGCUCGACUUGCCACAGACGUUCGAAUGACUGCAGAAGCAGAAGAGAAGGCUGCUGAAGAAGCUCGAUUAAAGGCCGAAGACGAGACCCGAAACACCGCAGAAGCAGAAGCAAAGGCUGUCGAAGAAGCUCAAUUAAAGGCCGAGGAGGAUGCUAGAGCGAAGGACGAAGACGAGGCUCAACUUGCCGCAGAAGCAGAAGCGAAGGCUGCUGCAGAUGAGGCGAAGGCGGAGGAGGAGGCUCGAAUUGCCGCAGAAGCAGAAGCGAAAGCUGCUGAAGAGGAGGCUAGGGCGAAGGCGGAGGAGGAGGCUCGAAUUGCCGCAGAAGCAGAAACGAAGGCUGCUGAAGAGGAGGCUAGGGCGAAGGCGGAGGAGGAGACUCGAAUUGCCGCAGAAGCAGAAGCGAAGGCUGCUGAAGAGGAGGCUAGGGUGAAGGCGGAGGAGGAGGCUCGAAUUGAUGCAGAAGCAGAAGCGAAAGCUGCUGAAGAGGAGGCUAGGGCGAAGGCGGAGGAGGAGGAGGAGACUCGAAUUACCGCAGAAGGAGAAGCGAAGGCUGCUGAAGAGGAGGCUAGGGUGAAGGCGGAGGAGGAGGCUCGAAUUGCCGCAGAAGCAGAAGCGAAGGCUGCUGAAGAGGAGGCUAGGGCGAAGGCGGAGGAGGAGGCUCGAAUUGCCGCAGAAGCAGAAGCGAAGGCUGCUGAAGAGGAGGCUAGGGCGAAGGCGGAGGAGGAGGCUCGAAUUGAUGCAGAAGCAGAAGCGAAAGCUGCUGAAGAGGAGGCUAGGGCGAAGGCGGAGGAGGAGGCUCGAAUUACCGCAGAAGCAGAAGCGAAGGCUGCUGAAGAGGAGGCUAGGGCGAAGGCGGAGGAGGAGGCUCGAAUCGAUGCAGAAGCGAAGGCUGCUGAAGAGGAGGCUAGGGCGAAGGCGGAGGAGGAGGCUCGAAUUGAUGCAGAAGCAGAAGCGAAGGAUGCCGAAGAAGCUCGAUUAAAGGCCAAGGAGGACGCCCGACUUUCUUUAGAAGCAGAAGCCGAAGCCGUAGAGGUCCCCGAAGAUGCCAGCGAUGCACGUGCAACAGACGAUGUAACAGGUGGCGAAGAGGAACCUUCUGCAAAGCCAAAAUUGAAGGGGAAGUCGGAAAGAGCAAAGAAAUGGAAGGAACGUCUGGAAUCAAAAAAGAAAAAGGAGAAAAAAACUGAAGAGGCCACGAAAGAUGUGGUGUCUGAAGGAAAAGAGGAAGUGAGAACACAUGACGAAAGGAAAGGUGACGAAUUUCAAUAUGUGGUCCUCGAAAAGGAAGUCGCUAAAGUUCCAGAAAGUAAGAUUUCUGAUUCAGAAUUGAGGGAAAAAAUGAUCAAGGAGGAGUUUAGCGCUCUGAUCAAGGAAACGGAAGAUAAUGAGCUGGAAGAGGAAAUGGAGAAAGAGGCCGUGGAUGCUUUACGUACUGCUGCCAAUGAGUUAGCGUACUUGAAGAAGUAUUACAACAGCUUCAGUGAUAGCUUCGUCUACUUCCCUAGUGUCACGAAAUUAUGUAUUUUGUACACGUUGUUCGAGAAAGCAGAGGAAUAUUAUUAUCAUGAAGAAGACGAAUUUCCGCUGCAAUACUCCGCUGCUUUACGAUCAGUUGCUUGUGAAAAGCUUGAAGAAAGCAACGAUGACGGCGACGAAGAAUAUAUGGCGUUGUUGGCCGCUGAUGUUGAACUCUAG